AUGGCGUCCUGUGUCGCUUUCACAGACCAGGGCGUUCUAGUCGGCAACGAAGCAAGGUCUCAGAGGACUGACAACCCAUCCCGUACCAUUUGCGACGUGCGAACGCUACUUGGCCAAAGGUGGUCGGAUCCGAAGGUGCAGGAGAUAGUCAAAAGCCUGCACUAUCGAGUCGAGGGAAAGGAAGGAAAGCCGGUCGUCAAAGUGGACAUACAAGGACGAGAAAAUACGUUCACACCAGAACAAAUAGCAGGAAUGUUGAUGGCAAAGUUGGGACACACGGCAGCGGCAACCAUUGGCGACUACAUGGGAUGCGCGGUGAUGGCCGUGCCGAGCAGCUUCAACGACAACCAAAGACAGGCCGUCAAGGAUGCGGGCACCACGGUUGGCCUGAACGUAAUCCGCAUUAUCAACGAGCCAGCGGCGGUGGCGAUAGGGUACGAAUUGGAUAGGCUGGACGACGAACAAAACGUCCUUGUCUUGGAUAUGGGUGCCAGUAAGACCGACGUAACCAUGCUCUAUAUUGACCAGGGGGUCAUCGAGAUACUGGCAACGGUAUCGACGCCAAUCAGCGGACGCUUGUUCAACAGGCGGCUCGUGGACUACAUCGCUGCUCAGUGCGCCUCGGAGGGAGUACUCCUCGAUCGGCAGGCCCGAAUCAGACUGGAAGAGAGUAUUGAGGAUACCCAGAGACACCGAUUAUUUGGACCAUCUGCAUACUGCCUACCCGUUGACAGUCUAAAACACUGCCCGGGUCUGUCGAACUCCAAGAUCAAGCCUUCGACUCGAGACUUUGGUACAGACCUCACUGCCGAGGUGAUCGAACCACUCGAGCAUGUGCUGGACGCUUCGAAUAUGACCAUGGAAUGGGAAGAGAGCAGGUGGUUUCCGAAGGAGGACAUGCCCUACAUCCCCUCAAGCAUAAACAAUGUCGGAAGGGUUCUCGCAAUUGGCGGCUUCAGCAAAUCUCCAAUGGCUACCUGGCUCCUGGAUGCCCUUCGACGGAACGACCCUUGGACCGACAGGGACUUCGACGCGGAGGAAGCCGUCCUGAAAGGCGCAGCCAUCCAAGCCAGAGUCUUGUCUGAUGAGGAGCCCGUCGUGGCUUCUUAUGUAUCCGUUACUCUUCUCAGCCUCGGUCUGGAAACAAGCGAGGGCUACAUGCACAAGAUCGUCCCGCGCAGGGUGCCGAUUCCCAAACGCAGGGUCCAGAACUUGACUACGGCUUACGACGAUCAAGACUCUAUGGUCAUUCGUUUCCUCGAAGGCGAUCGCAUGAUGGCCAGAGACAACUUACUCCUGGGAGAAAUUGAGCUGACAGGAAUUCCUCGAGCACCCCGGCAUGUUCCCGUUGUCGAGAUCUCGUUUGAAGUCGAUUCCCUUAAUAUUCUCAAAGUUAUUGCCCGGUGUCUUGGCACGAAUAUCGAAGCAUCAGCCAUUUUCAAUAAUACUGCCGUUAUAAGUGGAGUACCAUAUAAGGACAUCGAGCAGCUUGCAUUUGAGGCAGAGUAUUGUUACCCGGACAAGUCCCAACGGCAGUUCGAGGAUACUACACCAAUCGACAAGGCGGGCAUGAAGCGCUACAUCGACAUUGUGGAGCGAGCCAUGUCCAGGGGCGACGUCGUAGACGUGCCCGGCGCUGCCGACGACCUGAAGAAGUAG